UCCGCAGGGUUAGCAAACUCCCUCAAACUUAGACAACAGCGAAAGUGGGAAUCACUAAAAUGUUGUCAUCCUCAACCUCAAAGAUCACUUUCAUUUUUAGGUAUUCUCUUCUCCAAAUCCCUAAUUUUGUUUCCUUCCCUUCCUCUUCAUCCCUUCACUCUCAUUCUACUCGCCAAGUUGAUGAAGCUGUUGAUUCCUUCACUCGCAUGCUCUCUAUGCGUCGCCCUCCGUCCAUCAUCCAAUUCACCAAGAUUUUGGGAUCUCUUGCCAAGACCAACCAUUUCUCCACCGCCAUUUCCCUUUUUCAGCAAUUGCAAGCCAGGGGAAUCGCUCCCGACUUAUUUACUUUGACCAUCGUAAUUAAUUGUUGUUGCGGCAUGGGUUGUAUGACGCUUGCUUUCUCUGUAUUGGCCAAGAUUUUCAGAAUGGAUUAUCAACCUAAUACGGUAACAUUGACAACAAUCCUGAAAGGUCUCUAUCUCUGUGGUAGUGUUGAAAAAGCAGUGCGCUUUCAUGACAGACUGCUGGCUCAUGGAUUUCACUUCGACCAAGUCACUUAUGGGACCUUGAUCAAUGGGCUCUGUAAGACCGGACACACAUCAGCUGCUAUUCAAGUGUUGAGAAACAUCCCACGUUAUGGCAUUGCUCCUGAUGUCUUCAUGUACAGCGCAAUUAUUGAUAGCCUCUGCAAGGAUACACUUGUAAGUCAGGCUUUUCAGUUAUUCUCUGAAAUGCUUGCUAAGGGAAUUUCUCCCGAUGUUAUCACAUACAGUUCUCUCAUUUUUGGAUUGUGUCUUGAGGGUCAAUAUAAGGAAGCCAUUGAUUUGUUAAGUGAUAUGGUGCUUAGAAAUAUUACUCCUGAUGUUCAUACCUAUAGUAUUUUGAUGGAUGGGCUAUGCAAGGAAGGAAAGAUCAAAGAUGCAAAAAAUGUGUUGGCUGUGAUGACAAAACAUGGUGUGAAACCAAAUGUGGUUACUUAUAACAGCUUAAUGGACGGAUAUUGUUUGGUUAAUCAGGUAAAUAAGGCAAAAUAUGUAUUCAACACAAUGGCCCAAAGUAGAGUGUUACUUAAUGUUCAAAGUUACAAUAUCAUGAUUAAUGGCUUGUGCAAAAGUAAAAUGGUCGAUGAAGCCUUGAGUCUCUUUGAAGAAAUGCGUCGUAAGUACUUGGUUCCAAACACGGUAACUUACAACACUCUUAUUGAUGGCUUGAGCAAAUCAAAGAGAAUCUCUUGUGCUUUGGAGCUUCUUGUCAAGAUGCACGAGAGAGGUCCACCCGCUAAUGUAGUGACUUACAAUUCCUUGUUGGAUGGGAUGUUCAAUAUCAAACAAGUUGACAAGGCACUUGUGUUAUUCAAGCAAAUGAAAGAGAGUGGCAUUGAUCCAGAUAUAUCCACGUACAAUGUACUUAUUGAUGGCCUAUGCAAAGGUGGAAGACUUGUAGUUGCAAAAGAGAUUUUUCAAGAUCUUUCUGUGAAAGGCUAUCCUCUAAAUAUGAGGACAUACACUAUUAUGAUCAAUGGGCUCUGCAGAGAGGGCUUGUUUGAAGAAGCAUUGGCCCUGCUGUCGGAAAUGGAAGGCAAUGGUUGCUUACCAGAUGCUGUGACUUUUGAAACUGUUAUCCGUGCUUUGUUUGAAAAAGAUGAGAAUGACAUGGCGGAGAAACUUCUUCGGAAAAUGGUUGCUAGAGGCUUAUUAAAUUGAUAAAAGAAGAGGAAGUUUGUACAGACUAAUUCAUCUGCCAAACAAUCAAUUAGAUGAGCGAAGGCAGUUGAGAUGGCCCUCUAUACUGGAAGAUUCUGUUUUCUUUUAUUGCGAUGUUGUUUCAUUAAUCAAAUUAUUGCCAUAAUCAGUGAAACUCAGUUGAUGUGACAUAUAUCUCUUGAAUCUACAGGCCCGAGGAAUAAACUAUUUGCACAACUGCACUCCAGUGAUUGUACACCAUGAUUUGAAGCCACAAAAUCUUCUUGUUGAUAAAAAUUGGGUUGUGAAGGCCGAGUGGAUGGUGCCUGAAGUGUUAAGAAAUGAACCUUAAAAUGAAAAGUGCGAUGUUUAUACUUUGGAGUCAUAUUAUGGGAGCUCUCUACUUUGCAACAGCCCUGGAGUGGAAUGAAUCCGAUGCAAGUUGUGGGUGCUGUUGGUUUCCAGCAUUGUUGCCUACUUGCCUUGUCAUUGCAGAUGAUAUGGACCCUGCUAUCACGGAUAUUAUCAAGCAAUGCUGGCAGACAGAUCCAAAGUUGAGAACUACAGAAAUAAUGGUGGCGCUGAAGCCGUUGCACAAACUGAUCAUUGGUUCUCAAUCUGAAGUGCCGAAACCAGGUAGGCAUGGGAAGGCUCAGUCAUCAAGAGUUGGUGCAGACUC